UUUAUAUUCUCCCUGCCAUUCUACCAAGACAGUGGUGGAGCCAACACUCAGCGAGGUAGCACGGGCGGCUCGUUGAGUGCUGGCUCCGUCGAAAUCUAUAGAUGCAGCCGUGCAGUUGAAAUUUUCAAAACUUGCCACCAUGGCCGUCAAGACAAUGAAUUGAGGUAGAAAGAAGAUUGGGGACGAUGAUAGUUGGGCUUUUUUUCACUUAGGCAUUUUUUUAGUUUGGCCUUUUCUUCAGUAAAAACAAUGGCCCAUUAUUCAUUACCACAUGCUCAUAGUCAUUCACGACAUUUCUCAAUUCACAACCAUUGAAUCACAGCUUCAAAAAGCUAAACGCCUAAUUCCAAACCCGAUGUUCUACCGUGGUUUCGGUGUUUCCAAAAGCCUUAAGGUCAUACCAAAGUUUAGUUCCGAGCACACUGCAAAAUAUGCCUUUGAGUAUGCUUAUUUAAACGGCAGAAAGAAAGUGACAAUUAUGAACAAAGCCAAUAUCAUGAAGCUCGCCGAUGGUUUAUUUUUAGAAUCUUGUCUAGAGGUUGCCACAAAAUAUCUAGGGAUCAACAAUGAGAUAUUAUGGAUAACUUCUGCAUGCAACUGGCUUCCAAGCCCGAGCAAUUUGAUAUCAUGGUUGCAAGGAUGUAAUUGGUCAAGAAGGUGGAUGUCGAAAUUUUCCUGAACUUGGUUUCUGCAGAAAAGGCAAAGACGAUAACAUUAAGAUAGGUGGCAUAUGUGCGAGAUUGUGUAAAUCUUUAUACAAUGGAAGCAGUGAAUGUAAAAACGAUAUAUGCUUCUGCAAUUGCUCUGCUAAAUGAUGUAAUGUUCUUGGAGAUAAGUAAGU